CUUAAGAAUCUCCAUGAUUCAAAUUUCAUACAUCGAGAUUUCCAUAGUGGAAAUAUAUUGGUAAAUAUUUUAAAUAGCUAUUAUGAUACUACUAGUAUUUCUUAUAGAAUAGGAGAUCUAGGAUUAUCACGAUCAGCAAAUGAUACCUCAUCAGAUGAUGAAAUAUAUGGAGUAAUACCUUAUAUUGCACCAGAAAUAUUUAAAGGUUCAGCAUUUUCUAAAGAAUCCGAUAUUUAUAGUUUGGGUAUGAUUAUGUGGGAACUUACAACAGGUUGUAAGCCUUUUGCUAAUGUUGAACAUGAUCAUAGACUUAUUUAUAAUAUUAUUGAUGGUGUACGACCUGAAAUUACAGAAGAUACACCAGAAUGUUAUGCUAAUUUAAUGAAAAGUUGUUGGGAUUCUGAUCCAAAAAAAAGACCUUCUAUAAGUAAAAUUUGGGAUACUUAUAAGUCAUGGUAUAUACAAAUUUUAGACGCUAAUCAAUUUUACCAAGCUGAACUAAAAAGAGAAGGGUUAAUAUAUUCAACGAAGCUUCCCAAGUUUAAUGAAAAAUCUCAUCCAAAAGCUAUUUAUACAAGUAGAUUAUUAAACUCUUACAUUUCUAAAUGUUCAUCUAUAUUUACUAAAUGUUCAUCCAUCAGUUUUUCAUCAAAUGGUAUGUACUGCGCUAUUUUAAUAAAAGUAAUCUUUGGGUAG